AUGGGAGCAGAUGCUGUCAAUGGUCAUCAUAUGAACAAUGUUCCCCUCUGGAUCGACAACAAGCCCGUGCAGUCGAAGACCGCCUUUAGCGUCAUAAAUUCGACGUCCCAGAAGGAAGUAUGGACUGCCUCGUCCGCCAGCGUGGAAAUUGCUCGAGAGGCUGUCGAUUCUGCUUCCAGAGCCUUUCAAUCAUGGGCUCACACCCACCCAACGGAGAGAAGACGCAUUUUCUUCAAAGCUGCGGAAUUAUUCAGAUCCCGCCGAGAUGAGAUCAUUGAAACUAUGGUUCAAGAGACCAAUUGCAGCAGACAGUGGGCUGCCGGAAUCAACAUGCACAUGGGAGUCGAGUUUUUGGAAGAGCUUGCAAGCCUUGCCACAACUUGCAGUAUGGGAUGGCUACCGACGACAGAGUCUGAGAAUCGCUUGGCUCUCGUCUUCAAGGAACCGUAUGGUGUUGUGCUCGGAAUUGCCCCAUGGAAUGCACCAUUCAUCCUGGCCAUUCGAGCAGUAGCCACACCGAUCAUAUGUGGAAAUACUGCUGUACUCAAGGCGUCAGAAUUGAGUCCUAAAACCCACAACAUCAUUGGGCAAGUGUUCCGCGACGCAGGCUUGCCGCCGGGAGUGCUAAACAUCAUUCAGCACUCCCGCGAAGACGCUGCUGAUGUGGUAACUGCCUUGAUAGCUCAUCCUGCAGUUCGCAAAAUCAACUUUACAGGCUCGACGGCGGUGGGAAGGAUCAUCGCACAGCAGGCAGGCCACCACCUCAAGCCUGUUUUGUUAGAAUUGGGCGGCAAGGCCUCCUGCAUUGUCCUUGAAGAUGCAGAUCUGGUCAAAGCCGCAAAAGCCGUCGUGACGGGGGGGUUCUUACAUCAUGGACAAAUUUGUAUGGCCACAGAGCGAGUGAUUGUCAUGCGUCCCGUGGCGGACGAAUUCUUAGAGAUCCUCAAAAAAGAGGCCCAAGCAUUUGUCGCAGGUGAUGCUGUGUCCGCCGACGGGGCAAAGCGAACGGAAUCCUUGGUCCAAGCUGCGGUGGACCAAGGCGCUCACCUAGAGUUCGGACAUCUAUCGCGUCUCAAUGCAUCCCUCCAACCAACAAUCCUCAGUGGUGUCACAAAGGACAUGGCUUUGUUCUACACCGAGAGCUUCGGGCCCACCAUCAGUUUGACGACUGUCGACACUGUCGACGAAGCGGUUGCCUUAGCCAAUGACACGGGAUACGGUCUCUCGGCGAGUAUAUUUUCCCAGAACAUUCCAAAAGCGGUGAAAUGUGCCAGACGGAUCGAGACCGGAGCCUGCCAUGUCAAUGCAAUGACGAUCCAUGAUGAGCCGUUCUUACCGCACGGAGGAGCUAAAGAGAGUGGCUUCGGUAGAUUCGGUGCUCAGUGGGGAAUGGAUGAGUUCCUCCAAAUCAGGACCAUAACAAUUCUAGACGAGGGCAACAGUUGA